UUUUGUGCUCCCAUUUCAUUAAUAAAUGAGUUCCAAUGACGGAAUCGAUGACUCGGAACAGCACCGGGAACUUCCCGUUGUUGAUGGCCACGAGUUUCAUCAACUAGUGGUGCAGCCAAGGAGUGGCAGUGUUUCGUAUAAUUGUCAGCAUGGUAUUGUUAUCGGGGGUAACAGAACAUCGAUGGUGUUAAGCCGUGAGCGCAACGAACAGUUGUUCGCAUUACUGGAGCCGUACUGCCGAUCGCUAUCGACCACUGUAUGCAAAUUCAAGCACCGGGAAAACAAUUAUGCCGGCCGGGAGUCAGUGGUGUGUCUCAUCAAAGACCACCGCGAUCACAGGCAUGUCAUGUACUCCGUGCGCGUAUACGAUCUGAAUUGGGGAGAGUGUGUGUACAGAGCGACCAUCACUUCCGAGGCGUGGUUUGUGGACGCGGACGGUGUGGUCAGCAAACGCGACGCUUGCGUCGACCCGGAGCUGAUCUAUCAGGUGGAGCGGUCGCCGUGGGUUCAUAAGCUGACCACCAGUGGGGCCGCCCAUCGGACAGUCAUUUUGCGUUUUGUGGACGAGUCGGAGGCCAACUAUUUCCAGACACAAGUCGAGGCAAAGGUGGAACUGAUGCGCCGGAAGCGUGAGGUGUUGGACACGAUGGCCGGUCAGAGGGCCGGCCAAUCCGGUGCCAACGGGUCCGGAGGGCCGGUAUGCGGUGAUGACAAUAGUAUUGUAUCGAUUGAUUUAAAUGAUGGCACCGAUAGAUCGGACUCCGACGAGGGAUCGGUGGUGACUGUCAAACACGUUGCCAGUGCUGUGCCGGCGACCCAAGUGGACACUGACAGGGGUUGA